CUACAGCUCCCAUAAUCCCUGGCUAUUGGCCACUGCGGCUGGGGAUUAUGGGAGUUGUAGUCCCCAAACAGCUGGGGUGGGGGACCUAAGUUGAGCAGGGCCUGGGUUAGAGAAAGAGCCAGCUGUUGGGAGCUGCCUUGAGCUUUUGCAGCCUGCUGCAAGUGGCGAGCAGGAGUCUGCAUUAUAUUGAGCGGCUCCUUGGAAGUAGGGUGCAAGAGGACAAGCGUUGCGUGAAACACUGCGCAUGCAGGCACACACGCCGAUCACGUGCCCCACCACCCGAAGGAGUGGCUGCUGUCUGAACUCUUUGUUUAAAGAGGAAGGUGACAGUUGGGAGAGGAAAAAGGACAGCAACCUAGUGGAGGGAGCUGCUAUACGAAGAAAGAGGGACCAACAGAGAAUAAACACUGGAGCAAAAUGGAAGAACAGGAAUGAAUCAUCUGCUUUUCAGCAUGUAAUCAGACAAAUAAGACAGCCAGAAAGAGAAAGGAGCCUUUGCCCCCUGCGAAGCAAAAGCUUCAGCUCUGAACCAAGCUAUCAACCUUAGUGGGAAAUGAAGACAAAGAAGAAACCACAUAAAUGCCUGGAAUGUGGAAAGAGUUUCAGCCAGAGUGGAGAACUUACUAUACAUCAUAGAACCCACACUGGGGAGAAACCAUAUAAAUGUGUGGUGUGUGGAAAGAGCUUCAGUCAGAGUGGACAUCUAUCUUUACACCACAGAAUGCACACUCUGGAGAAACCACAUAAAUGCUUGGAGUGUGGAAAGAGCUUCAGUCAGAGUGGACAUCUUACUAGACAUCGUAGAACCCACACUGGGGAGAAACCACAUACAUGCUUGGAUUGUGGAAAGAGCUUCAGCCAGAGUGGAGAUCUUAGUAGACAUCGUAGAACCCACACUGGGGAAAAACCACAUACAUGCUUCGAGUGUGGAAAGAGCUUCAGCAAGAAUGGAGACCUUAUUGUCCACCAUAGAACCCACACUGGGGAGAAACCAUAUAAAUGCUUGGAGUGUGGAAAAAGUUUCAACACGAGAGGAGAACUUAUUAUACACGGUAGAACCCACACUGGAGAAAAACCACAUAAAUGCCUGGAGUGUGGAAAGACUUUCAGCCAGAGAGGACAUCUUACUGUACACAUUAGAACCCACACUGGGGAGAAACCACAUACAUGCUUAGAGUGUGGAAACAGUUUUAGGUCAAGUGGAGCUCUUACUUCACACCAUAGAACCCACACUGGGGAGAAACUGCAUAAAUGCUGGGAGUGUGGAAAGAGCUUCAGCACGAAUGGAGAACUUGUUAUACACCAUAGAAUCCACACUGGGGAGAAACCACAUACAUGCUUGGAGUGUGGAAAGAGCUUCCGUACGAGUGGACAUCUUAUUUUACAUCAUAGAGUCCACACUGGGGAGAAACCACAUACAUGUUUGGAUUGUGGAAAGACUUUCAGCCAGAGAGGUCAUCUUAUUUUACACCAUAGAAUCCACACAGGGGAUAAACCACAUGAAUGCCUACAGUGUGGAAAGAGCUUCAGCCGCAGUGGAGAUCUUACUAGACAUUGUAGAACUCACACUAGGUAGAAACCACAUAAACAGUGUCCUCUCUCUUUUUUCAUCUAUGUGUAGAAUGAGUUACGUUCUGGGUGGCAGUAUCAAGGCAGGGUGCGCAUUCAGAGUGGGGCCUUCCUGAUUCAACCUAAGUGGGAUCUAAAAUUAAUUGAGCACACACACAAAACCUUUGUGCACUUACACAUGCAUACACCUUAGAGGGAACACUGCACAUAAGGAAGGAGCUUCAGCACAACUUGAUAAACUUACUAUACAUCACAGAACCCACACUGGGGAGAAACCACAUUAGUGCUUCGAAGAGCUUUUGCCGUAUUGAAGAACUUUUAAUAUAUAAUAGAAACCAUACUGGGGAAAAUCAUAUAAAAGUUUGACAUUUGAAACGGCUUCAGGAGGAAGGGGUACCUUACUGCAUAUGUGCAAACUCAUACACAAUAUAAACCAAGCACGUGAAACUGAGACAAGCCUAAUAAUCUUUCCUAUGUAUAUGAAAUAUAAAAUCUUGUAAGAUUUCUUCUUUUGCUCUGCGUUGCUUUUACCCUUGUUAGCAUCAUCUUGGGAACUGGUAAUACAGAUGUGUUUUUGUGUCUGUGUUAUAUAUAAAUUUGCAUAAUUGGUUCAAAUUGAUCAAUAUUAGUGUUUCACAGUCUAUGCAUUCUUUUCAUUGACUGUGGAUUCUUUGUGCGUCUCUGGAAUGUGGACUGGGUGAAAUAUCCUAAAUCUCCCUGUCCAAGCAGAGAUUUUAAUGCAAAGUUUAUCUCCUUCUCUUCUUUAGAGAAGCAUGUAAUAACCAAAUGAACAUGACGUGGGUGGUUCCCCCUGCUCUCAGUUAAGAGUUUCUUAUAGUCUUCAAGGUGCAAAAGGGAACCUUGUUUCUAACCUGGAGGACCUUAGCACAGCUCUACAAGAUGCCCAUGGGAUGUCAGAACCCCUCAGGGCCUUUCUCUCCAAGACCCACUCUUUGAAGGGACAUUCCAGAAAACAGACAACUCAAGACAUGUCCUCAGGGUUCUUCUAAGUCAAACAAUGUACAGCUUCUGAAAGUUGCACCAUCCUUGGGUCAUGAUGCUCUUCAUAGUACUGUUGCCUCAAACAGAAGCAACACAACUGCUUGGGACACAAUGAACAGCCUUCAAGCUGAAUGAUAAUGUGGAGAUAGAAGCUAUUGAUUACGUUAUGCCUGAGACAAACCUUAUCCAUCGAAACUUUUACUCUGUAGGCCUUGGAGAUUCUGAUUUAAACAACACUGUUGUGCCUUCCCAACAUACUGGCCUGCUAAACUUAACUUCCUUGCAGGAGAACUUGACUAACUAACACCAGUCUCUGGUGUGCGCCCACAAUGGUGCUCUGGCAGUAUUUACCCCACUGCGUUCUCAGCCGCCGCCCUCUGACCUAUCUUUGAAUAUAAGCAAAGAACUUUCCCCGAUUCCCCAGGACCUCUCACAAUCUGAUUUGUAGGGGACUACUUUGGAUCUUAUAGAACAUAGAAGAUCUCCAACAGUCUCUACUGGUUGAUAUCCAGUAUAAUAUGGCUCUCUCAAGUUUCUUUCUUGGAACAUUGCCGGUUGGCGAAAUUACAGAUCCUGCUUUCAAUGAUUAUUUAGGACCAUUUGAUAUUGUUAUGUUGCACAAAACAUGGGUGCAUGGGAAAAUAUUGACUGAAGGCUCUGUUUUGGAGGAGGAGAGUGGGCUAGACGUAAGGAUGGGUUGGUCACUCUUAUUUCCAUGAAACUAUGGGCUAGUGUUAAGCAGCUUGAUCAACGUGGGCAUAUUGCCUCAACAUGUUUAGUCAAUCUCAGUCAUCAUGUUAUUUUGUCUAUUAACUACCUCCUCCCACAUACCAUACAAUCACAAGCCCAGGAACAUUGGCUAGCAUUAGAAUAAUAUACCUCUGAACUGUCACAGACCUUCCCCGAUGCCGCAAUAGUAGUGGCAGCAACUUCAAUGCUAGAAUUGGUCUUAAACAUGAGAUGCUAUAUGCACAUUUCAGUGGUGUCCCUCCUCUGUAUGAGGAAGUCCCUUACUAACAUGAGCCUCUAAGGACACUAAAGUUAACUGAUGGGACCACCGUCUGAUGCAAUUUGUGUGUAUAUUAGAUCUUCACAUGCUGAAUGGAGCAAUAUGGAGUGAUCACCCCGCCAAAUUUACCUAUUGGUUUGGGUGUGGUGCUAGCUCCAUAGAUUAUGUUAUGGUUUCAUGUGACUGACUGAAUAAUGUGGCCUUUCUCUCAUUUGAUAGUGAUCAUUUGCCCUUAUUCUUGGAAUUAUAAUUAAAAGGACAAGGCAUGCAUACAAUGGACAAAUUUCUAGCAGCCCCAGAGGUAGACUCAGGCUACCAAAGAAUUAAGUGGUCCGUUAGACUGUUGAAAGCAGUAUCAAAUUUCUAUGCUUCAGAAAAAGCUCACCUUGGUUAUAGUAGAAUUGUAACUGUGGAAUCACCGGAAAUAGCUAUUCAGUCCUAUCAGGGGCUUUCAGUUUCAACUCACUUGUGAGAUGUCUUUGAAAGUGAAUUAUAUAUAGUAGCAGCCACUCAAUGUGAGGACAAUUAUAAAUUUUAGUUGUGGUUUGACCAGGAGUGCCGGAAGGCUAAUUUUAAAUAAUAUAGACUGAAUAGUAGUAGAUAUACUCUUCUGAUGCCACCUAAUGGUGCAGCGGGGAAGUGCUUGACUAACAAGCAGAAGUUGCUGGUUCGAAUCCCCGCUGGCACUAUAUCAGGCAGCAGCGAUAUAGGAAGAUGCUGAAAGGCAUCAUCUCACACUGCACGGGAGGAGGCAAUGGUGAACCCCUCUUGUAUUCUACCAAAGACAACCACAGGGCUCUGUGGGCGCCAGGAGUCGAAAUCGACUUGAUGGCACACUUUACCUUCAUGCUGUGAAAGGCUUCAUGGGCUGAUUGAUGGCACACUUUGCCUUUAAUGCUAAUGCUUGAUUCCUCCUACUGUGCAGAUGCAGAAGAAACAAUAUAAGGGAACUAAUUAAGAGGGGGGAAAGAGGAAGCUGUAAAACAAAUUUGGUCUAAAUUGAUCCAGGUCUCUAGACAGAAAAAUUCUGCCUCCUUUUGACAUAUUUGAAGGGCAGUAUAAAAAUUCUAUAAAUAAAUAAAUAAAUAAAAUAUUGUAGCAGGUGGAUUCCCUAGACUCUACUAAGAUAACUUGCCAUGUAUCAGCAAAUGUUUAGUAAUCAUUGGAUCAGUGAGAAGAGCUCCUUUGAGGUCUGUGAGGAGAGCGGGUUUGUCCGACCCUCCCCGCAGACGAUCACUUACUCUUUACUGGGCAGGUGGCUAGCCUGCAGCUGUCCUGCGCCUCUCCCGUCUGCUCCGGGGUCAGAUGCAGGGAAGUGCUGCUGUGUGUUCCCACCCACCCCCAGAACCCCAAUAAUGCACCAUGCAAGCGUGUGCUGCAUUAUUGGGAUUCCUCCUCCCCCUGUGUGCCCACUGUAGCUAUAAGCAGCCAUGGCAGACAUAUGAUCGUUCAAAUGAAGUUAAGGGAGCGCUCACUCCCUAAAUCUCAUUUAACUAGGAGGCUUCAGAGGUGGGUUUGACAAUGUGUAGCCACUGGGAUCGAGCCUGAUCCCAGUGGUUCACACGAAUGUGCAAAGCCAGGCUGGGCUCCCUUCGCCUGGUUUUGCACGCUCGUGGGAAUAGCCUCAGAUUUUUCAUCACACUAUGCAGCUGAUUCAGUGUAGAUGACAUCUGUUACACCCAGUCUAGCCAAUCUGCCUCCUUGCCCCAGUCACCACCUCUGAAAUAGAAAAGUUAAUAGCACAGCUUAGACAGCAAAAAGCCCCUGGGGCUGAUUAUAUCUCUGCUGAAAUGAUUCAAAAUAAUGUUGUUGGUGGGCCCCAAUUCUGUCAGUUCUUUUCACUGCUAUUGAUCAUGCUGUGCAGAUUCCCCACGACUGGGGCCUGACGCUCUUUUAAAUAGAGUCCUGCUCUUUUAAAGUGAAGCUCUACGCCAGACUUUUAUGCUGGAAAUUCUGGUCCUGGUUAGACAUUGAGAACGUUCUGGCCGUUCUGAACGUUCUGGCACAGGCAGACUUCAGGACUAGCCGAUCAAUUUCUAGUCCUACAACAUUUGGAAAAGAUGUACAGCUCUAGGCCAUUGCUGCAUUCAUUGAUUUCAAAUCUUCCUUCAAUUCUAUUUACAGGGAAGGUUGGAUACUUCUGCUAUUGAUCAUCGAUUGCUCACUCUUAUUUGUAUGCCUCAUCAAAAGAACUAUCUGAGGGUGAUGAGCAAUCAGCAGGGCCAUUUAUCAGGCCCAGUUCCAGUCCAGAGGGGUGUAAAACAGGACUGUAUUUUAGUUCCCCCUGUUAUUUAACUAUGACAUAAAUUCCCUGGUGCAAGUCUUACAAAAUUCUAAUUUCCACCUUCCUAAUUUGGCCUCUCGUCCAAUUCCUGCACUUCUCUAUGCAGACGAUACAGUAAUAUUAUCCUUUUCUGAAAUAGGUCUGCAAAGAGCCCUUAAGAGCCCAUUUGCUGCAUAUUGUUUGGAGGAAAGAUUAGAUAUUAACUAUACAAAAACUAAGGUCAUAGUGUUCCCCAAGAAAUAAUCCAAACAGAUGGCAGAUCAAUGGCCAAGAAAUAGAGCAGGUUAAAACUUACAAAUAUUUAGGGGUGGGUUUCCAAUCAAAUGCCUCCUGGAAGGCUCAUGUGGCUCAUGUUACCCAAGGAGUACAUAGAAGUGCAACUGCACUAUCUAGAUUCUAUUUCUCCAGGCGAAGUAAAUAUGAACCUGCAGCAGUGUGAGCUUUCCAAGGUAAGGCAACAUCUCAAUUAUUGUAUGGUACACACAUUUGUAUAUACCCAAAUUUUCAUUCUCUGGAGGCGGUACAGUCCAAGCUUCUUAGAUCUAUCUAUCUAUCUAUCUAUCUAUCUAUCUAUCUAUCUAUCUUUCUAUCUUUCUCUAAGUUGUACCCGUUGCUAAUCCCAUGCGUGGCAGCUCUCGUGAGAGUUCACAAGCAAGCUGCUGGCAGGGGGAGAGGAAAGUGGUGGGACAGGCAGGUGAGGCGGGAAACAAAAUGGUGGGGGAGGGGAGAAAACAGCGUGGGGGGAGAAAACGGUGGCAGGGGGUGGGGAAAGAAAUCCAUGGGUGGGCAGGCACAGAUGCUCUGUGCCCAGCCUAGCUAGUUCUUAUUAUUCCAUGCUGCAUACCAAAUGCUUUACUGAGAACUGAAACCGGGUUAAUCCCAGCUGAAGACCAAAUUUGGUCGCUUAUUUUCCACUAUUGGCUCAAAUUAAUCUACAACCCUUCCAGUUUGGCCCCUUUCACCUUAAUGGAUCGUUUCCCCUCUAGAUGGAAAAAUACAGUGGAGAAGAAACUUCGAUGUUUUGGCCUCCCACUUUCAAAUCUGGCCUGAAUAGGUCCUUUAAAGGCAAAAGAAUCAAUUCACCAGCGCCUUUGGGAUAUUGCGCUUCAAAAGGACAGAGCGCAAACUGCACACUGUGUGGUUGUAGGAAAUCCUAGAAAAAUCUUAUCCUCGGCUAAUUACUUAUAUAAACUUACUUUCCCUAAGUUCUGCCAUGCCUUUAUUUUGGCCCGUUUAAAUGUGUUAUCCUUGGAUGUUUUGGAGGGUAGAUUUCACCGUACGCCAUAUUCCCAACGGCUCUGUCUUUGCUGCUAAGACAUGAUCGAGUCCAUGGAGUAUGUAUUACUUUAUUGUGUAUUUUAUAGAGAUAUACAUUCUCAUAUUGGGCCAAUUUUGUUACACUAUCCAGGCAGGCCUGACGACUUUUAUGUAAAUCUUUCUGACUUGGAUGCUGAGAUUACCUACUCUGUGGCCAAAUUUUGUGCCAUAGCUUAUAAUACUAGGAAACAAAUGGUUAACCCUUGUAUUAUGUAAGGUACAUGUGUUGUUCAGGUGGUGCGUUGGUAGUCUUAGUAUUUUUAAGUAUUCAUAAUUAUUUAGUAUCGGAGUAUUUUAAGUUAUAUUGCUUGUAACUGUUGAUUAUUGUAUUUGUUGUAAUAUCAUGAGACAAAUGUUACAGCUUGUAAUACUAGGAAAUAAAUGACUAACUCUUAUGUAAGGUACAUAUGUUGUUCUGGUGGUGGGUUGGUAGUCUUAGUAUUUUUUAGUAUUAUUCAUUAUUUAGUAUCAGAGUAUUUUAAGUUAUGUUGCCUGUAAUUGUUGAGUAUUGUAAUUGCUGGCUGGUCAUGAACUGUAAUAAAUAAAUAAAUAGAUGAUGAUGAUGA